AUGGAACCGCCCCCACGUUUGUACUACUAUGAGGGAUUGUUCACAUCUAUACGCUCAAUCGACUUACCGUUGAAAAUACUCUUCAUACUCACAGUUCUAAUAUUGCUCAUUAUGAUUGCUGCUUGGUUUGUUUCGCGAAAGACCUACACGAGAGCGCCAAGAGAUGCAGAACUUGCCAGCGGUCAACUGACUGAUGUGAAUAAGGUAGAAGUACUGGACAUUCUGCUUCGUGACGAUGAAAAAUGGCAGUUUGGUGUGUUCACUGGAAAAAUACGUGGCCGCACGGCUCUGUUUGUCAAUGAUUGGAAGCUGGUUUGCUUGUAUGAAACAAAUGCGAAUUUGGAGUACCACUUUACUACUGCUCCAGGUAAUUUUCUUGGUUACCAAAAACAUAUUUUUUAUUCAUUAACACGCUUCUAA